CUCAAGCUAUUACAGUCUAACAACAGUGACCAAUAGAAAGAGAAGAAGAUCCAAGAAAGCUGAGGAGGACAGGAAGCAAACACAGUGGUUAGGAGCCAAAGGCUGUGAAUUUACAGUGAUUUCUAACUGGCUUCAGAUAGCUCCAGGAACUUUACUAACAAGGCAAACCAUGACUCUAAAAGUCUAUACAAGCCUUUUGCUCUUAUUCUUGGUCAAUUCUGUGUGGACUCGAACUGUGAGACAAGUUUAUGAUGAGCUGGAUCCUGAGCAUUGGUCUCACUACACUUUUGAGUGUCCACAAGAGUGCUUUUGUCCUCCUAGUUUCCCCAAUGCAUUAUACUGUGAUAACAAAGGACUUAAAGAAAUACCUGCAAUCCCAGCAAGAAUUUGGUACCUCUAUCUUCAAAAUAAUCUAAUUGAAACUGUUUCGGAGAAGCCUUUUGUGAAUGCCACUCAUCUGAGAUGGAUAAACCUGAACAAGAAUAAGAUCACCAACCGUGGAAUUGAGAGUGGUGUGCUGAGCAAGCUGAAAAGGCUGCUUUACUUAUUUCUUGAAGAUAACGAAUUGGAAGAGGUGCCUGCCCCAUUACCAGUGGGCCUGGAACAGCUAAGACUGGCUAGAAACAAAAUCUCCAGAAUCCCAGAAGGGGUAUUCAGCAACUUGGAAAACCUUACUAUGUUAGAUCUGCACCAGAACAGUUUGUUGGACAGCGCUCUUCAAAGUGACACCUUCCAAGGACUCAACAAUCUUAUGCAACUCAAUAUAGCAAAAAACUCACUCAAGAAAAUGCCUUUAAGCAUUCCAGCUAACACACUGCAGCUGUUUUUGGACAACAACUCCAUUGAAGUGAUACCAGAGAACUACUUCAGUGCAAUACCCAAAGUGACUUUCCUCAGGCUGAACUACAAUAAAUUAUCUGAUGAUGGUAUUCCCCCAAAUGGGUUUAAUGUUUCAUCUAUUCUAGAUCUACAGCUGUCUCACAACCAGCUCACUAAAAUUCCACCGAUCAAUGCUCAUCUCGAGCACCUUCACCUUGAUCACAACAGAAUCAAAAGUGUCAAUGGUACUCAGAUAUGCCCAGUCUCAAUUGCUGUAGCAGAAGACUAUGGCUUUUAUGGCAACACACCUCGCCUCCGAUACCUUCGCCUGGAUGGAAACGAAAUUCAACCUCCAAUCCCGUUAGACAUCAUGAUAUGUUUCCGACUACUCCAAGCUGUUGUCAUAUAAAGAUAUUGCAGUGUCACUCUUGUGCUGUGAGAGUGUUAAGAUACAAGUUUUGCUGGAAUGAAACUUGUUCUAACUCAUAAAUCAAGAAGUAACAGCUUUAUUUUUACUUUGAUUGUUUUUUCUUUGCUUGCAUCUUUUCUACAGCUGAAAAGAUUGUUCUUCUUUCAGAAGAGAUUUUGGAUGGACAUAAAACAUGUGCUUAACACUUUGUCUAAGAAUUCCUAACACUAAUAUGUUGAAAAUCAUCUGUGUAAGAACCCAAAUAUUCCUAAGCAAAUUCUUGUCUACUCCGUCUUUCUUGUCAAAUGCUACAAUGUCUAUCCUGUUAACAUCAUUGCUACAGACAAAUUAUAUUUCCUUUUUUUUUUUUACAUAGUAGCUAACACAAUGAAUUUGGAUACACUUGGGUAAAUAUAUAUGCUAGAAAAAUCAUGGGUUGCAUGACUACUAGUUAUCAGAACCACCACUGUCUUUUUUAAGAUAGUGACUAAUGGUGAACAACCACUUAACGUAUAAAUAACUCAUAAAUUGCUGUCAUCCUCUGAAGACUGAUACUUUUAAGGCAUGAACUAUAUAAGGACUAGAGUCCAAAGCAAAAUACUGAAUAUAUAUAGUUGGAUGGAUUCAUUCAGUGUAUGAUUUCAGAACUGGAAUACACCAAUCCAAAUCAAAUCCAGGGACAAGGCAACAUGAGAUGAAAUCUUGGUCUAUAAAAGUACCAAUUUUCUGCUGUUACAUUCUUCAGUAUUCCGUUUCUAGUUUUGACACUCUUUCUUUCUGUAGCUUUAGGAUAGUCAUUGAAUAUUUGGUUUAUUUUAGUUUCUGUAAAGGCAAAACCAAGAACAAUAAUGAUUACAAUAUCUCAUAGACCAGGUACUUCACAAAAAGUGGAAUGGCUAGUUAUUAUAAUGGUGAAAAAGAGAAAAUUAAGAAAUUAAGGGGUACAUCCCCUCCCAAUUAUAUACUGAACUAGCCAAAUAUUUGCAUAGGAAUUGUAUCAGUUCAAGCAAAUACAAUCAACUCAGAGCAGUAUUUAGCUAUCUGCUGACUCAUAUACAUGCAUGUAAUAGCACUGGAUUUUAGAGAAGUCCAGGUAUUUAGAAAGGAGCAUUCACAAUUCACGAACAAGCGAGAUAUCAGUGGGCAUCUUAUGAAAUCUGGCUGGUUUUUUUUUCUAUUUUUAUGAAUUAUAUUGGGAUUUCAAUACACAACUUGACUGUUAUAGUCAACUCUUCAUUGGGAAUGUAUGACAUUUUUAUUUCUGAUUGCCAGCACAACAGACUAUCCAGCAGUCAUAUUAUUUUAGUCUUCUUGUAUUUGUAGAUAGAAGCAAUUAGUUGCUCUUUGAUAGCUUGCAUCUAUUUCUAACAUUUUAAGUCUGGCCUCAGUAACAAGCAUUUAAAGACUAUGCAUGUGGUAUAAUUUUUUCUUUGAAGAUGAAGCAUUUCCCUAAAAGUAGAUUUUUAAAAUGGUUGAGGACUUCAUUUUCUAACAUUCAAUCUUUUCUAUCUGCCAAUCAGGCCUUAUUCUGCUCCAGUGCACUUGUGGAAAUAACCUAGUCUAGAAAUGCAGCAUAGAAAUAACCCAUUCAGAAACCCUAUCACAAAAACAUUUAUUUUUGCAGUUCUUUUUAUUUGAUUGCUGAGAAACUCCUGCCCUUCUAGCAAAAUAUUUUCUGUACCUCUGUGUUCACCCUAUAUGAAGAAAUACAAAUUUAAAAAGUCUCUACAAUAUGUAUGCAUGAUUACCUAUGUUCUUUACUCAAUAGUAGCAUAGUAAUUUAUUUUUUUGAAAAAAAAAAAGAAUUAUGUGACAAUACUACUAAUUAAAUUAUAACAAUAAUUAUGUGCUUGUACUUGGAAAUUAAUUUCUAUUUUAAAAAAAGAACAAAUAUACAUACUCCAAAGUGAAUAUUCACAGGCAUAUUUGCAUAUUAUUAACAUUAUUUACACUUUGAACUAAUCAUACAGCAAAGUUUCAGCCAAAAAAUAUGACCCUUUUAGGCACUAUAUACAUAUUAAAAUAAAAAAAGACUAACCCUUCCCCAAAGAGAUGCCAAGCUUAUAUGUGGGAAGGGAUGAUAGAUAAAAUCACAUAGGGACACUGAAUCAUCAAGGUACUCAAUUUUCUGAUGGGGCAUUAUGUGAUGAAAUCAGGGCCACGUAGUCUGCUGAAAUCUCUUUCAGCAGUUAUUUUCCACCAGCUGGCCUGAUAUUAAUGGAUUUUUCCAAUGCACAGUAGGGUGGAAAGCCUUAUAAAUUAGUUCUUCAAAGGUCAGUAGUAUCUUAUGGAACAAUCUUUGGACACAGGCAGAUUAAUGCUCAAGACUUGUCCCUGUCAAAUCCCAAUUAAUCUGAGUGAAGAAAAAAACCAUGCCACAUCCUUGAACAAACUUUCACUGGGCUGAAGAGCAGAUGCUGCUGCCCAGUGCUCUGUGUUGUACACCUUUGAUGCAACCUGCUGACUCCACAUCUGGGAACUUUUAAAUAAACAGAAAAUCCUAAGUAUCCUCAUCUAGGCUAAUUUGUCCCAUCUUGAUUCCCUCUCCCAGAACGAGCAGUAUGAAGUAGAAUGAAAAAUAAUUAUGUUGCUGCAGUGACCUUCACAAGAUACAUUAACCCUGUCUGGGGUUUGAGCUGCUUUACUGCAUGCAUGUCUCUAUUUGAAACAGUCCUAAUGUUUUUAAACAUUCUGGGAAAUUUGGUGAGAUUUCCCCUCAGAUUACAAUAGCAGGCCUAAAUUGCUUUAUUUUGAGGAACUAAACAAUGUAGGCUUUCAGCCACACCUCAUUAAAUCCAUUUGUUUUGCCAGAAGACUAUAAAGGAAAAUGUAAAACACAAUGCCCUUUUCCCUAUGAAGAGGGUCCCUAAAACAAUGUAAAAAGCAUGACUGUGCUUGAAGGUCUGAUGUUAACUCUUCCUAAUCCAACAUUGGUCUAAGACUCCCCAUUGACAUUUCCUGGUUCAGAAAAAAUUGCAGUCUCUUCCACUGCAAGGAGGGAGGAACAGACUUAGCCGUUCUGUCUGAAGCCACAGCUGCCUUCAUAAAGCCAACAUUGUUUCACUUAAUUGUCAGAGCACAUCACAGAUUUGAAUGGAAUAUCAUGUACAUAAACAAAGACAUCUACAAGUAUGAGAAGUUGAGAACAAAGCAGGUCACCUUAGGCACACUGCAGUUGUGGUCAAUCACUAACCAAACCACAAACACCUAGUGCUUUGCCAGAAAUGCGUAUUACAUAUGAGUUAAUUUUCAAACUAUAGUUGUUAACACAGAUGUGCUAUCACCUCAGCCCAGGGUACAGACAGUUCCUUUGUAAAGAAAGGCAUUAAAGCGAAGUGAGAGGCUCAAGAACUGAGAAAUACCCGGACAUUUCUGACAUGCCUGCCAGCUUGACUGGAGGCUGGAUGCUGGAUCUAUCAAAACACUGUGUGCUUUUAUGACACAGCUGGCUCUGCAGGAAGAAAAGUACUUUAUAGAUGCUGCCAGCAUAGUCAGAAAUUCAGCCAUAUGCAUGAAUCUCCCCGCUCCAUAUUCUGCUCUGGCAUUUUCUGUUUCUUUCUGAAUAUUCUAAACAGUUUGCAACCACUUUCUUGUUCAAUAUUUUUAAUGAAAAACACCACCACAACAAUCAUCUGCAGAGAUAUCAGUGACCACAGCAACUUCUAUGACACCUGAAGAAAGAAACACAAACACUAAGAUGUAGAAGUUUGGAAGAUAACUAGAAAGCCAAUUUGCAUGUUGUAACUACUAACUCCAACACAUAUCCUAUGUCACUGAAGGGAUUUUCAUUCACCCUUGCUGCACCCAAUGGUUUCCAAUGUUUACCACAAAUACUUGCUGUCAUUUUUUCCAGCGUAGAAAAAUUAUUUGCUGAUAUUGUAUUGCAGCUAGUUUUGUUAUCUAUCUGGAAUCAGAUUACUCUAACACCUAAAUCACUGUGUUGGUUGUUGAACAGCUAAUAUUCCACUUCUGCCAUAUGUGGCAGAGAAUCUUUGGCAUUCUUGAAGUCAGCAAGUAAACAUCCUCCUCUUGACUGAAAGUGUCCUCCAUAUUGUAUUUUUUUCCCCAGAAUUGCUUACCCAGUUAAACAUAAAGGGUAGCUUUACAAGGCACCACACCAUUUAAUGAUACUCCGUAGUACUAA